AUGGUGGGUAGUUCGGAUAAACAGUCCUCUCUUGAUACGAUUCUGGCCGGCGAAGACGUAUCAUUGGACGAAGAUGCCGGCCUUCCUUUAUUACGCGCGUCGUCAUUCACAUGUAAUCGAGCCGGUACGCGGCUACUAUACGGUGCUUCCGACGGAGAACUACGCUGUGUAGACUUCUAUAAGUGGAUGAGCGGUGGAUGUGGACCACUAUGGACAAAGAAACUGGAACAAAGUGUCAGCGCUGUCGCUAUGAAUCAUGACGAUUCGGUCGCGGCUGCCGCUAACGGGACGAUUGUAUCGUUUUAUAGCGACGCUGGGGAACAUAUAAUGAAUACCACUAAAGGAGAUAUGUAUCUCCUCGACGCUAGGAAGACAAGAGGUCAUACAGCAACGGUUACAUGUGUUUCAGCAGAUCCACUACAAAACAAUCUUUUCACCUCAGGAUCAAUUGAUGGAACCAUACGUACAUUUGAUAUCGAAGCACCAAGACAAGGUGUAGCAAUGUCUAUACAUUCAACCUCUUGUUACGUACCACGCUCAUCAAGAGGACCCAGAGCACCGAUACGCUCCCUAGGCUUUGCUACGUUAAAGGGAACAAGUAUUAUCAUCGGAGGCACAGAUCGCGGUGGAAUAUUAACGUGGGAUAGACGUACGGCGUAUCCAGGUGUAUCAUGUUUAGAUGCCCACAUGUCACCGGUGAAUUCGGUCAUAUCACAUGAAGAAGAUCUAGUACUGAGCCGCUGCAAUGACAACGUGAAGUUAUGGGACCUCCGCAAUUUAAAGAAUGCACUACGGGAAUGUACGAUAUCAGGUGGUGAAAGUGGCGCUGGUGUGGCACUUAGUCCAGACGGAGCUCACCUUGCAGUGGGUGAAGUGAUACCUGUGAACCCAAAAAAUAUCAAAGAAGGGUUCAAAGGGUCUAUACGAAUAUUAUGUACCAAAUCAUUGGAUAUAGUAGAAACCUUACGAUUGAAAUCUGCUCCUGGACCGUUAUCAUGGGCUCACGAACUCGGACAGCUAUUAGCUACCUGCCACGAUGGUAAAACAUGGUGUAGAUGUAGUACAGAUGCCCUUGAAGCAAUGUAUUUGCAACGUGCAAGGGAAACUACACGUCAAAAGAGGAUAUCGGACACACACAAAACGGUAUCGGUGCAACCAGAAGUACAUCCCAUCGACCAGUUACCAGAUAACCUCGAGGAAACUGAUGAUGGGACUCUGAAACGACGCAGGGUAACUAAACAAUACAAAAAACCAGGAGCACGUGAAGAACCCGAUCUGGACUAUGUCUCGUAUGGACGAACCCCAGUAAAUUACGAAGAUGAAGAUAUUGUAACAAAACUUCGUGCUAUGGAAGGGAAUGCCACAGGUGUAGCAGCAGAAGCAACAGGAACUGGUAUACAACGUGUUCCGUAUAAGGUGGACAAGUUUAUGCGUAUGUAUCAGAAGACGCAACCAGAAUUGAUCCUGGAUUUCACCGCACCAGAAACAAAGGAAGAAAAUAUGCUACAAGGGGUACAAAAAUGCCCUAGAUGUGGUAUCAAGAUUUGUCAAUGUGGGUACAUGGAUAGCCGCAAAUAA